GGAAAGUGCAACAAAUAGUCCAACCAACUCAAAAGAGAGUAGUAUAGGGGAGAGGAAAGAGAAUCCAUAUAUAUCAAAUAAGGCCAACAAAAAUAAAACAAUUGACAACUCAAGUUUACCUAGGUAUCCAUUAGACAAAGAAAACAAAAACAAAGAGUAUAUGAAGCCUAACUCCAGAAAUAAUAGAGAGGGGGCAAAUAAGAAGCAACAAACUUACAAGGACUCAGUUCACAGCAUGCUGCUACAAAUUUUGGGUAGACUUAACAAAUUAGAAGACCAAAGUAGUUCAUUUCAAACAAUUCACAAAAGUAGUUCUUGCGAAUCGCUUCUAAAGGCAUCUCAGACGCAAGAAUGA